CGCCUGCGCCUUAGGAGGUUCUUUUUUUUUUUUUACCUUGAGUUAUGUUGCUUUGCUGGAAAAUCUGCUGCUGCUGCAGACAACAAAGUCUUCAGGAGAGUCAAACCGGAGCUGUUUACUGCCAAGAAACGAGCCGGUUAGCUCGCGGAUGGGGAUUGCAGUGACUGCUGGAGCUUUAUUUCCUUUUUGUUGCGAGGUGAUUUGGAUUUGGAAAGGCGACGUGUCGUGUAAGACGCUGUGUGUUUUGGAUGAAGACCUACAGCAGAUUCAAGCACUGAGAUGAUCUAUUUUUGUGAUGGCGAAGGGUCUGUUUCCCCGGGUUUGGGUGAAAAAGUCUUUUUACUUCCAGGCUCGGAUCUCGUGCGUGCGGGUGAAGUACCUGUUCCUGACGUGGUUGACUGUGCUGGUGGGAAGCUGGGUGAUUUAUGUGCAGUAUUCUGCCUACACCGAGCUGUGCAGAGGGCACGAGUGUCAGAACACCAUCUGUGAUAAAUACAGGAGGGGAAUCAUUGAUGGCUCGGCCUGCAGCAGUCUGUGUGAUAAAGGAACGCUCUACAUGGGCAGGUGCUUGUCUACGCUGCCAAACAACCAGGUAUACACCGGCAGCUGGGGGGACCAUGACGGGACGAUCCGCUGUAAACUGGGAGACGUUGUCCAUUAUGAGUUGGGGGACGAGCCUGAGCUGCGGAAAGAGGCCCAUGUUUUCGACAAACCCACCAGAGGCACGUCAGUAGAGAAGUUCAAGGAGAUGGUCUUCAACCACCUCAAGUCUAAACUUGGAGCUCAGACAAACCUCGCAAGUCUGGUCAGUCAGAUCCUCUCUGUCGCUGAUGGCAACAAGGAUGGUCACAUGUCCUUGCCGGAAGCACGCUCUGCAUGGGCGCUGCUGCAGCUAGAUGAGGUGUUGUUGGGCCUGCUGCUCCAGGACCGUGGACACACUCCUCGCCUCCUCGGCUACUGCGGGGACUUGUACAUGAUAGAGCGCGUUCCCUAUGGACCCCUGUACGGUUUGUCCUUACCCUGGCCACUGGUGUCCUGGGUUCCUGCCGGGUUGCAGCGUGCCAUGGAUCAGUGGUUCACUCCUUCCUGGCCUCGAAAAGCUAAGAUCUCUAUGGGCCUCCUGGAGCUGGUUGAGGACAUCUUCCACGGCACCUACGGCAGCUUUCUGAUUUGUGACCUCGCAGUGGCACACUUUGGUUACACUGAUCAUCAUGAGUUCCGUCUGACGAACACGCAAGUUGUGGUUCCUGAGGACGAGUUCCGGCGUGCCAUGCGCGUGCUGACAUGUGAGACGGAUGCAGACUGUGUGUAUGGGGUGGACUGUUGGGCAUCCUGUGACAUGUCUGAGAGAAAGUGCAGGGGGGAACCAGUCCAGCCAAACUUGGCAAAGGCAUGCAGUGCACUGAAGGACUACCUGCUGCGUGGUGUGCCUUCAAGCCUGAGCGAGGAGCUGGAGAGGCAGCUGUAUGCCUGUAUGGCUCUGAAGGCCAACGCUGGACAGAUAAACAUGGAGCACUCACUUAUCCUGAAUAAUCUGAAAGCUCUGCUGUGGAGACAAAUCUCACAUACCAAGGACUCUUGACGAGGAGACAAAGUCCAAGACAGUUGGUUCUUCAGAGAUCUGCUGGAUGCUGGAACAGGAGCAGUGUUUGCCGUUUUAAUCAGUUAGGGUACCGAUGAAAGG